CACAGCGGUCCAUACAAUCACAUCAACAGUUAUUGCUUGUUAUUCGUUCAAAAAUGCUCAAAGUCUUUGGAUGAUAACCCAUGAUGCAAAACCAUAUUGAAAUUUUAUUAUUAUAAUUGUUCUGUCUGAUAGCGUCUGUCAAAGAUAGAGGAUGACAUAACUGCCUUUAAAGAUAUAGGUAAUCAAAAGAAGACAAAGAAAAGACUGGAGUAUUUGGAAAAUAAACAAAAGUUACAAGACGAGCUUGUUAAAUAUUACAAGAAGUAUUAUGUGAAAACAUCACUGUCACCAUUGAAACAACAACAAGAAAGCAUCAACGUGAAAGAUGUAUAUGUACCCCCUGAGAUAAAAGUCAUUGAAGAAAAAAAAGAUAUGAAUAGAAGAGGAGGAGAGACUGCCAGAAAUUCUGCGGAAGAAGCGGAAGAAGAGGAUACGAUACUUUAUAGCAGAAAAGCAGACGUGGAAACAAAUCAAUUGGAUAAAGUUCGAUAUAACAGAAUGGAAAAUCAAUCUGUGAAUACUAAUAAAAGUGAGCCAGGGAAGAACACCGUGAAAGGAUACCACGAACAUUUUCAAACGAAAGGAAAUAAAAAGAUUUAUAUAUUGGGCGAUGUUGGAACAGGAAAAAGUACUUUCUGUAAAAUGAUGAUUGAAAACUGGUGUGACGCCGUAAAAAGUAGCACCAAUGAAUUGAUUUGCUUUGAAAAUGGUCAUGACGCAACAAAAGCCGUAUCCAGUGAUGUAAAUAGAAAAAGUGAGUACGAUAAUGUCAGUCAGGUAGCACAAUAUGAAUUUCUUUUCUAUAUCCCGUUACAAUAUAUGUCUGCUUUUAAGUCUGACUCAACAGUUGAGAUGAUUAAAGAAAUUACAAGAGACCUCACUUCAAAUUCAGAGUUGAUUGACAAAAUAUUCCAAGAAGACUCAAUGCGUUGUCUUAUCAUUGCUGAUAGCUUGGAUGAAUGGACGCCUCCUAAAGAAAUUGUGUGUAAACCACAUGUAAGCUACGGGAUACCAAACGGAGACAAGACAAACGAUGCAACAGUCAUUACAUUAUCUAGACCAUCAGCAAAAGGAAUUCUUAAUUUGGAAAACUCAGAAGUGGAUCUCAAGUUACAGUUAUUAGGUAUAUCUGGUGAUUCAUUACGAUCAUUCAUCGAAAGGUAUAUUUCUAACACGCAUGUUACCAAUAAGACAUACGAUGAAUUCAUUAAAAAAUUGGAGAUAAAACAUAUAGAACAUGUAGUGAAAACGCCAUUGAUUUUGCAGCAAUUAUUGUGGUUAUACUGUAAUGGUGAAGACAUAGGAAAAUCCGUAUGCGAAACUCACUGUGUAAUUUUGAAUAUCAUGUUUGCCUAUUCAGACCGCAGAAAAAAAGGACCCUACCUCAUUAGACCAAUAGUAGAUUACAAUAAUUUAAAUCCGAUAAAUAGUUUAAACAGAUUUCCCAGAAUACAGGAAUAUAUACCCAUUCUUUUUCGUCUAGGAAAAAUAGCAUUUGAAACUUGUACUUCUGACAAAGUACAAGCCACAUUUGGUCUGUCAAAUCUUGAAAUGCAUUUAUCGGAAGAUGACAUAAAACAGCUUACAGAUCUAGGUAUCCUCAAUAAAAGUAGAUGCUUUGGUCGGUUGUUUGAAGAAACAAAAUUUUCAUUCAGCCAUAUCUGUGAUAUUGAGUUUUUUGCCGCAUUGUAUCUUGCAAUAUAUUAUGGUACGGCUCAAACCGCCUCUACAAAUAGAGAGGAUACGGCUCUAGAUCUUCUGUUUCUAAGAUGCAAAUUAACUUGUGAUGUAAUACAAUUAUCUAAUUUGAUUAAACUGUUUUGUGGAUUGUCCCCCGAUAUUAUUGGAAGUUUGUCAAAAAGAAUUUCCAGUAUUGUGAAUGAGGAUGGACACAUUUUACAACAUAGAAGAAAUGAGGAUAUACGAUAUCAUGAUGUAUUAAUUCAGAUACAAAGGCUCAUGGUACUUUGUCUUAACGAGUUUGACUCUGAUAACACAACAAUUAUCAGCCUGAGUGAUCUUUACAUAAGUGGCGAUGAACCUAUUCCACCUCUUCACAAAAUAAACCCAGAGUAUGUGAUAUCUCUGUAUAUUGACUUUAGUUAUGAAUUUGGUGAAUACAACAAAGACGUUGGGGAAUAUGUCACAAAAUGCAAACACAUGCAAAACAUGCAUGUAUCUUUGAACCCUUUCAAUCAAUAUCAAAGAUUUCCUUAUUUGUUUGCCGAAAAAGUAUAUUUAAAACAACUUAGGUUAAGUAAUGUGACUGAUUGUGAUAUAGAUCUCUCUAUGGUGAACCGGCUACAGGCACUUGUUCUGACUGGCUGUAGUUAUAUAGAUAUUUCUAACCUCGACACAGAACAUCUUGAAAGUAUAAACAUUAUACAAUGUGACGGUUUUUCUUGCUUUUUAACAGCCAGCAAUUUGACAGAUGUGUACAUUGAAAAAUGUCAUGGAAGUAUAGAUAUGACAUCACUACAGUCAGUUAUACAAAACGCAGCAUUUUUAAGACAACUGACAUUAGAUUCUGUAACUGAUACGUUGAGUAAUGAUUAUAUAAAUAUUGAUCUGUCUAGACAUCAUCAACUCCAAAAGCUAAAAAUAAAAAACUGUUUAACUUUAGUAAUUACAGGAUUAAAUACUGAACAACUUGAACAAGUAUACAUCGUAAACAGUGAUCUAUAUGGUAAAGUCUGUACUCAUACUAGGAUACCAGUACUAGAAUUUGCUCAUGCAUCAGCCAAAAAACUAAGCAAAGUUUACCUGGAAGACGUAAUUGUUAAUAUAGCAUCACUGAUACCAUUAUUAGAACAAGCACCGUUACAACAUCUGACAAUAAUUAGGGUGUCUGAUGGUCAACCAAAUUUUGAAGAUCAUUUAAGAGGUGUAUCGGAUCAGCCUGAUGGUGAAGGUCAUUUGAAAAGAUUAUCUGGAAAACGUUCGGAUGGUGUGCAACCCAAAGUUGGAGGUUGUGCUUAUAUUUUAAACCUUUCAACGCAAAACGAGCUCACGCAUCUUAUGAUUGAAUCCUGUGAUCAAAUCAAAAUUUCCACUAUCAAUGUUGAAAAACAUGAAAAGCAGUCAACUUCCUUUGAAACACUUUCAACGGGCAGCGACCAACUAUUUAGUUAUACAGGUUAUGGCCAUCAAGCCGGCAAUGCUUUGUCAGUACAGCAGUUUGCAACAGCACCAAUCAUUCAAUCACAGGCAGAUGCUACAUUAUCAUCUAUAGUUGAAAGACAAGAGAAUAUCUCGGAAAAUAAAGGUACAUUAUGUAAAGAAGUAAAAGAAAUAGGGAAAAUAGUAAAUCAAGAUGAGCUAGACAGAAUAUGCGAAAGUCGCGAUAGAAAAGACAAAUUAGUUGUUCAAUGUUGUGAGUCGAUUUGCAAUAUAAUAAAGAGUUCCUCAGAAUAUAUAUUUCACGUUUAUGCUGCGUACAAGAAGGAAAAUGAGCGGAAAAUAUUUUUUGUUGUAACUGUAAUGUGGGAUUUUGAUCUAAAUGAAAAUGACAUAGGAUACAGAAUGAUGAAAAGAAAUUACGGUGAUUUGAGUACAGAAGGAAUUGAUAUAAGCUCUAGCACAGAAGAGAGGGAACAGAUAAUGAGUGAUGAUGAAAAUAAAAAACUAAGUGCAUGCAUAUCAAAGUACGCAGGAAAACUGAUGGACAAUCAUAGAUAUCUUAAUGUAAUAUCUGGGAGUAUUGUUAGGUCAAAAAACUAUAAACCAAGUGCUAUGUGUUUCAGCAAACAAAGCUGUAUCGCCUUAUAUGUGCUUGUUAAAGGUUUUAUACCAAUAGAAGAGGAUGCAUUUCAAAACACUUAUGAUGGUGUUGAAGUUGAUAUUAGGGAAGGUCUGUUUUUUCCUUACGGAACGGCGAGAGAGUAUCAUGAUGAUAUCAAAAUGGGGUGUAAGAUAACCAGGUUCACAGGAAUAGCUGGUGAUUUAGGUGGAACUCUUGGAGGGUUCAUUGACCACCCGAGUUAUGGGGUUUGUGGUAUAACAUGUGCACACGCGUUGAUGUUUCCUGAUGAAUUAAGAAAAUGUGUUGAACAUAACAGAGAAAUAACCUGGCCAAAAAUAUUUUCUAGUGAUAUCGUUUGUCAGCCGAACAUUGUUUCAGAUAAAAUCAAUAAGAUAGGACGCAUUGUACAAGCUAUCUACAAGGAAGGUGACCAGUCUGAAGCAGGUGUAGAGGUAGCUGUUAUACAGAUAGAAGAUAGACCACCAAUAUCAGGUCACUUCCCAGGGAUUGGACCGAAUGGAAUCAAUAUACCGUACACUUUUGAAACUGGCAAGACAUGUGGUGUAUCAAGGGUUUUGGGGAAAGAUUUGUUUAAGUUUGGCUGCAUCUCAGAUUUUACUCAAGGUAGAAUUAAAUCAACACCAGUCUGUGUAAGGACCUUUGAGUUCGAGCAUAAUGGGUUUACCAUCAGACUUUUGAAUCAGCUUGAAAUAGAAACUGAAAAGUUUGCUACGCAUGGUGAUUCAGGCUCGCUUGUUUUCUGUAAGGGAAUGUCAGGAGAUUUUGAAUGUGUAGGAAUGGUUGAAGGUGGAGUUUCUUAUAAAACAUGCAUUAUUACCCCUAUACAGUCAAUACUUGCUGCUUUGAAAGUUAGCUCUCUUAAAGAUUUUGAAAUUAAAAAAACAAAACAUCAAUUAGAUGCAAUUGACAACAGAGUCAGCUCUAUUGAAACAAAAGUAAAUUCUAUGCACUCAUUGUUACUAUCUUUCACACAGAAAAAUUCUAAUGAUCAAGCAAAAUAAAAAAAAUAUCAGAAUGUAACAAAAUAAACGCCAAAAACAACUUUACUCAUAACGAUAGCUAAACACUUUUCUGCAAAUUAUAUCUUGAAUAUUUUCCUUGGAAUUUACAAUGACAUUAAACAUUUAAUGAAUUGAUUUUUUUUAGAUUUAUAUGCUUGUCAAGUGCAGUAAAUUUGAUACUUGCUUUAUUGUUCCAAUAAUGCAUAUGAAGUCUAAGGAUGAUUUUUUUUUGUAACAGAAAGAUGCAAAUACAUAACAAAUAUUCCCGCCAUGACUUCGAUUUGACUUCCUGUUUACAAACAAAAGUAACAAUACACAUGACAAUUAAGCCAAAGGAUCUAUUACCUCACGCAGUUGUCAGAGUUUGUACUUAUUGUUAUGAACGUA